CGACUGAAUCACUGAUUCAAGAGAGGGAGAGAGAGGACGAGCGAGAAAGAGAGAGUAACGUGGAUCGGACUGACUAGCAGCGGCCCGCACGCGCGUGUCUAUUUCCUCUCUCAGUGGUGGGGUGCACACGCGUUUCAAUAGUUUUGACAAAGGAUUGCUUUUCUUUUGGAGGUGACAUCUGUUGUUUUCCAUCAGCGCGCUUGAUGCGGAUUAAAUCACUCCACAAACAUCAAUCUCGUCUCAAGUGCGGAUCAGCACCUUGGACAGCGGAUGCCAGAGGCGCUCAAAGCCAGCAGAGCGGAAAGAGAGCUGUGACCACCCAUUUUGUCUUCACAACUGACAAUAGUCCUCUGUACGCUCAGCUCCGAUGCAGGAAUAAGAGACAGCGACAAUAGACCAGCACAGUAUCCAGCCUUGCUGUUUAUAUGGGUCAGCUGACACAGACAAGCAGACCUAUGUCAGUUAGGUCAGGAAGUCGACUUAAUCUGGCUCACCAGUGGAUACACAUACAGAUAUAUCGCAGUCACAUUGAAUCAAAGAAAUAUUGACAUACGAUACUAGUGUGGAGGACAUGUGAAGCUUGAAAUGCGGUAAAGAGUGGCCAUUGGACUGUGUUGAGCUUUGCUGAACGGGCUCCGCAGUCACCAGCAUCAAUGGACAACAGUUUGCACACCAUGAACUGACUUGCUACUUUUUGACGGAUACGAUUUGUUCGUUUUUUUUUUUCUUCGAUAAACAGACAGCACCAUGGUUCUGCCACCACCUGACAAGCGGCAUGUGUGUUUAACCACCAUUAUGAUCAUGACCAGCAUGGCCUUCAUGGAUGCCUACCUUGUGGAGCAGAAUCAGGGCCCGCGCAAAAUUGGGGUCUGCAUCAUCGUCUUGGUUGGAGACAUUUGCUUUCUUAUAGUCCUGCGUUACGUGGCCGUGUGGGUUGGUGCUGAGGUGAGGACUGCCAAGCGUGGCUACGCCAUGAUCCUCUGGUUCCUCUACAUCUUCGUUCUGGAGAUCAAGCUCUACUUUGUCUUCCAGAACUACAAAGCUGACCGUAAAAGUCUGGAGACAGUAGCUCGGAAAGCGUUGACUUUGUUGCUCUCGGUUUGCGUACCUGGACUCUAUCUUGUCCUGGUUGCACUUGACAGCAUGGAGUAUGUAAGAACCUUCCGAAAGAAGGAGGACAUGCGGGGUCGACUCUUUUGGGUUGCGCUUGACCUUCUGGAUGUCCUGGACAUCCAGGCUAACCUUUGGGAGCCACAAAGGACAGGUCUGCCCAUCUGGGCCGAGGGUCUGAUGUUUUUCUACUGCUACAUCCUGUUGCUCAUCCUGCCUUGCGUUUCUCUGAGUGAGAUCAGUGUACAGGGCGAGCAUGUGUCGCCACAGAAGAUGAUGCUCUACCCGAUCCUCAGCUUGGCGACCAUCAACAUUGUCACUAUCCUCAUUCGAGGUGUCAACAUGGUGCUGUUCCAAGACAGCAGAGUCUCGACCAUCUUCAUUGGAAAGAACGUUGUUGCCAUUGCCACUAAAGCCUGCACCUUCCUGGAGUACCGGCGACAAGUUAAAGAGUUCCCCCCACAAGAUCCAGCUGGGAUUGCCAUGGAGAUACAGCAGAACUCUGUGCCACACAAUCAAACUCUAUCAAACGCCACAACCACCCUCCCAGAAGAGCACUCACCGGCCCGUGAGGUCAUUGACACGUGACCAGAACUGACAAAAACAUCAAGACAUUAGUGUUAAGUGGGAAAGAAGAAAACCUUAGUAAGUUCAGACCAGGACACGUUGAAGUAUCCUUCUUCUGGUCCUUUUACUACUGAGCCAGGAGUUCAGCCCUAAGAUUACUAUUUUAAAGAAUUUUUAAAGUCCUACUCAUCUAGGCUGAGUGUUCAAAGGCCACUGAUGCUCAGAUGCACAAAUGAUGGCUCACAAAAUCUUGAUUUUAACCGGAUUUUGUAAUUUCUAGCAGCUGUUUUGUGAUGUUAGAUAGGGAUUGUUUUUUACAGACAUCUGUGUUAUGGUGGCUCACCUUGCUCUCUACAAAAA